GUUAUUUAUGUUUAUAUCAUUGUUCACAUGCCGAUCUUAAGACAUUCUCCUUCACACUAACAUUGAAUGCAUAGGGAAUAAGGACUCUUUCUGAUUGUUUCUUAUUUCUGCAUAGAAAUAUCAAAAUGAAAUUAAACGAAAAACUAAAAAUAGUUGGCCAGGGCGUGAUAUUGAUUCCGUACGAAGAGAAGCAUGUUGAAAAGUACCACAAAUGGAUGUCCAAUAAGGAAUUGCAGGAGCUCACAGCAUCCGAACCAUUGACACUAGAACAAGAAUAUGAAAUGCAACGGUCCUGGCGAAUCGACGAUGACAAAUGUACAUUUCUAAUAUUGGACAAGGAAAAAUACGAAACUACCGGAGACGAAAUAGAGUCUUUAAUUGGCGACACUAAUCUAUUCGUUGAUCACGAAUCGCAGUCAGCCGAAACUGAGAUUAUGAUUGCUGAGUCAGAUGCUCGAAGGAAAAAGUUCGGAUGGGAAGCGAUGCUUAUGAUGAUCAAAUUUGGCAUAAGUUACUUGAAUUGUGGAAGUUUUGUCGCGAAAAUUGGAUUUUCCAAUGACAAGAGCCAAAGGAUGUUCGAGAAAAUGCAAUUCAAAGAAAUAUCGAGAUCCGAAAUUUUUAAGGAGAUCACUUAUGAGCGUGUAUGCACUAAAGAUUGGUUGGAUUGGUUAGAUUCGAAUAUUGAAUAUAUGAUCGGUACGUACCCGUAA